AUGAAGCAUCAGCAAGUAAACGUGGACUACUGGGCGAUGGCCAAAGCAAUGUUGACGUAUGGAGCACUGACUGCUCUGUGUUGGCUGAUGUUGAGGCUCUUCAACAUGGUGUUCCAACUGCCACGGAAAUUACGGACACAGCAGGAAAAUAUCCAGAGUUCGUUAAAAGAGCUCCAGAAACGUUUCCCAGACUUGAAUAUAACUGAAGAGGAUUUAGUGAACGCUGACAAAGAGUUAGAGAAGAUCAUGAACGAGGAAGACGAAGGUGAUAAAAAAACGAAUGAAAGUACUAUACCAACAAUUGAGGAACCACCAUCCGAAGAAAACAAGAAAACUAAUUAA